CGCCGCGGGGCUGCGGGCGCUGCUGGGGGUGCUGCGCGACCCCCGCGCCCGGCGCUGGCGCCCCAGGGUGCUGCUGGCGCUCGCCGCCUUUGCCUACGACACCGACGCCAUGGGCGCGCUGGUGGCCAUGGGGGUGGUGCCCGCGCUGGGGGAGGCGCUGGGGGGGCUGGGGGAGGGGGGGGGGUGGUGGGGAGGAGGGGUGGGGGGAGGGGGAGGGGUGGGGGGAGGAGGGGGAGGGGGAGGCGUCGGGGGAUCUGCCCAGGGACGGAGGAGGAGGAGGAGGAGACGGCGGGACCGGCAGGGGGCGCAGGUCGGGUCCGCUCCCCCCGCUGCACGCGCUGGCCCUCCCGCGGGGGGGGGCGGGGUUCGGGGACCCCCGGCGCCCCGAGACCCCCGCGCUGCUGCUGCUGAGCCGGCUGGCCUGCCAGGCCCCGCCCCCCCGCGCCCUGGCCACGCCCCCGCUGCUGGGCGGGCUCGUGCGCUACCUGCUGGCCACGCCCCGCCCCGCCCCCGCCGCGCUGCGCCUGCUGCGGCGCGUGGCCGGGGGGGGGCAGCCCCCCCUGCUGGGGGCGCUGCUCGCGGGCUUCGGCCCCUCCCACCUGCACCUGCGCCUCGUGCGGGGGCUGCCCCGGGGACCCAGGCGUCCGGGAGAGCGCCCCCCCCCGGACCCGCGGAGCAGGGAGCGCCUCAGGGAGCUGGGCCGGUCCGUCCUGCUGUCCCUCUCGGCCGCCCUCUCCACCCCCUUUGGUUUGGGGGUUUUGCGGCAGCUGCUGCGCCGGGGGAGCCCCCGGGGCCGCCUGGGGGGGGCGACGGCCGUCGUGCUGCUGGCCAGGCCGGGGUCUCCGCUGUGCUCUCUGCUGUGGGGCCCGCAGGGGGCGCUGGCGCUGCUGCUGGGGGCGGUGACAUCAUCGGUGACAUCAUCGGCGACGUCAUCGGUGACAUCAUCAGCGUCCCCCUGUCACCUCCCCCCGGCCUUCGUGCUCUACGCGGCCGACGCCAUCGCCGAGAUCAGGGGACACCGGGACACGCAGGUGGACGGUGACACCAAGGAGCUUUGGGGACCCGUGAACGGACACGGUGACACCGGUGACACCCGUGGGGACGGCGGGGACCUGCAGGACCCCUGGGGACACCCGGUGACGCUCGGGGACACCUGGGGACACCCGGAUGGACACGGGGACACUGGGGACACUUGGGGACACCCGGACGGACACGGGGACACUGGGGACACUUGGGGACACCCGGACGGACGCGGGGACACCCGUGAUUGUCCCCAAGUGUCCCCAAGGGCCCCCAAACGCCCGCCGGGGUCCCCGUGUCCCCACGUGUCCCCAACGCCCCCCAAACGGCCCCUCUGGGACCCCCCGUCCUGUCCCCAAGUGUCCCCAAUGUGUUCCAGCCCAUGUCCCCCAUCACCCCCUUGUCCCCAGGUGUCCCCAAACCCUUCCAGGCCAUCCCAGUGUCACCAGGUGUCCCCCAACCCCUCCAACUCUUGUCCCCAAGUGUCCCCAUUGUCCCCAAACCCCAUCACCCCAUUGUCCCCAUUAUCCCCAAACCCCUCUGACCCAUCUCAAUGUCCCCAAGUGUCCCCAAGCCCCUCCAGACCUUGUCCCCAAGUGUCCCCAUUGUCCCCCAACCCCUCCAACCCUUGUCCCCCACUGUCCCCCAACCCUUCCAACCCUUGUCCCCAAGUGUCCCCAAACCCUUGCAACCCAUCCCAGUGUCCCCAAGUGUCCCCCAACCCCUCCCACCCUUGUCCCCAAGUGUCCCAAACCCCUCCCACCCUUGUCCCCAAGUGUCCCCAUUGUCUCCAAACCCCAUCACCCCAUUGUCCCCAUUGUCCCCAAACCCCUCUGACCCAUCUCAAUGUCCCCAAGUGUCCCCCAACCCCUCCCACCCUUGUCCCCAAGUGUCCCCAAACCCCUCCAGACCUUGUCCCCACGUGUCCCCAUUGUCCCCAAACCCCAUCACCCCACUGUCCCCAAGCCCCUCCAACCCUUGUCCCCCAUUGUCCCCAAGCCCCUCCAACCCUUGUCCCCAAGUGUCCCCCAACCCUUCCAACCCUUGUCCCCAAGUGUCCCCAAACCCCUCCAACCCUUGUCCCCAAGUGUCCCCCAACCCUUCCAACCCUUGUCCCCAAGUGUCCCCAAACCCCUCCAGACCUUGUCCCCAAGUGUCCCCGAGCCCCUCCCACCCUUGUCCCCCAGUGUCCCCACUGUCCCCCACCCCCCCGCCCCCCCCUGCCCGUACUCCGUGUCCCCCCACGACGUGUCCCUGCUGCCCUCGGGCGCCCCCCCCGGGCUCCCGGCGCUGCGUGCGGCGCUGAGCCGCGCGUCGCCGGUGCUGCGGGCGCUGCUGCGCGGCCCGUUCGCCGAGCGCGCCCGCGCGGCCGUGCCGCUGCGCCGCUGCCCCCGCCGCGCGCUGCUGCUGCUGCUGCACUUCGCCCACGGCUGCCGCGGCGCGCCCUGCCCCCGCAUGGCCCCCCCGCUGGCCCCCGCGCUCGUGGGCGCCGCCGUGGCGCUGGCGCGGCGCUUCCUGCUGCCCGGCUUCGAGGCGCGCGCCGCCGCGCUGCUGGCCGGCACGGCCGCCACGGGGCACCCCGAGCGCCGGCACGCGGCCGCCCCGGAGCCCGGCGACCCCCAUCCCCCACUGACCCCGGAGCCCGGUGCCCCCCAUCCCCCACUGACCCCAAACCCCAUCACCCCAUUGACCCCGGAGCCCGGCGACCCCCAUCCCCCGCUGACCCCGGAGCCCGGCGCCCCCCAUCCCCCACUCACCCCGGAGCCCGGCGCCCCCCAUCCCCCGCUGACCCCGGAGCCCGGCGACCCCCAUCCCCCACUGACCCCAAACCCCAUCACCCCAUUGACCCCAGACCCCAGCGCCCCAUUGACCCCAAAGCCCUCCAACCCACCUCAAUGUCCCCCAAGCAUCCCUGUUGUCCCCAAACCCUUCCAACCCACCUCAGUAUCCCCAAGUGUCCCCGUUGUCCCCAAACCCCAUCACCCCAUUGUCCCCAAACCCCCGCAACCCACCUCAGUGUCCCCAAGUGUCCCCAUUGUCCCCAAACCCCAUCACUCCAUUGUCCCCAAACCCCUCCAACCCACCUCAAUGUCCCCAAGCAUCCCUGUUGUCCCGAAACCCUUCCAACCCAUCUCAACGUCCCCAAGUGUCCCCAUUGUCCCCAAACCCCAUCACCCCAUUGUCCCCCAACCCCCCCAACCCCCCUCAGUGUCCCCAAGCGUCCCCAUUGUUCCCAAACCCCAUCACCCCAUUGUUCCCAAACCCCAUCACCCCAUUGUCCCCCAACCCCCCCAACCCCCCUCAGUGUCCCCAAGCGUCCCCGUUGUCCCCCAACCCCCCCCAACCCCCCUCACCGUCCCCCAGCGUCCCCGUUGUCCCCCGCGCCCGCCGCGCUGUCCCCGCUGUCCCCGGUGUCCCUGUGGGCGCUGGCCGAGCGCUGGGGCUGCGUCCCCUUGGGCGCCCGCGCUGCCGCCGCCCUUGUCGCCGGGGACGUGGUGACGCUGGCGCGGCGGCUGCGCCGGGCGGCGCGGGUGGCGCGGUGUCCCCGGCGCCUGGCGGCCGCGCUGCUGCUCGCGCUGUCACCCGCGGCGGCGCCGCUGUCACCUCCGGCGGGCGACGGGGAGCCCUGGGGACAGGGGGACCCGCUGCUGCUGCGCCCCGAUGACGGUGACGAUGACGAUGAUGGGGACCAGCUGGAGGAGGAUUUCGGGGUCCCCCCCGAGGCGCUUGGGGACGAUGAGGAGGAGGAGCUUGGGGACAUCUGGGAGCUCGAGGACACCUGGGGGCUCGGGGACACCGCGGGGGACGUUGGGGACGUGGCCAUGGACCCUGGGGACACCUCGAUGGACCCUGGGGACACCUCGAUGGACCUUGGGGACACUUCAAUGGACCCUGGGGACACCUCAGGGGACGUGUCAAUGGACCCUGGGGACACCUCGAUGGACCCUGGGGACACCUCAGUGGAUCUUGGGGACACCUCAAUGGAUGUUGGGGACACCUCAGUAGAUCUUGGGGACACCUCGGGUGACAAUGAUGGGAACAGAGGGACCAAGGUGGCUUGAUGGGACCUUGGGGACACCUCAGUGGACCUUGGGGACACCUCGAUGGAUCUUGGGGACACCUCGAUGGACCCUGGGGACACCUCAAUGGACCUUGGGGACACCUCAGUGGAUCUUGGGGACACCUCAAUGGACCCUGGGGACACCUCGAUGGACCUUGGGGACACCUUGGUGGACCUUGGGGACACCUCAGUAGAUCUUGGGGACACCUCGGGUGACAAUGAUGGGGACAGAGGGACCAAGGAGACUUGAUGGGACCUUGGGGACACCUCAGGGGACAUGUCAAUGGACCCUGGGGACACCUCGAUGGACCUUGGGGACACCUCGAUGGACCUUGGGGACACCUCAGUGGGUCUUGGGGACACCUCGAUGGAUCUUGGGGACACCUCAAUGGAUUUUGGGGACACCUCGGUGGACCCUGGGGACACCUCGGGUGACAAUGAUGGGGACACAGGGACCAAGGAGACUUGAUGGGACCUUGGGGACCCCCUUGGGGACCUCGGGGACACCUCAGGUGACAACGACAAGGGCCAAGGGGUCUGAAUAGGACCCUGGGGACCCCUUGGGGACACCUCGGGUGACAAUGACGGGGACACCGGGACCAAGGAGACUUGAUGGGACCUUGGGGACAUUUGUCCCCGGGGGGGGUGGGGGGGGUGUCAUCCUGGUGGCGGGCGCCCGCGUUUUGGGCGGAAUUCACAGGGUUUUGGGACUUUGUAGCGGGAAAUGCACAAUAAAGGAGGUGAAAGCA